UAGAAGGGGAGGCAGAGUGUCGAGUCCGGAGUUCAGGAGUAUACAGAAAAACAUUAGGAGUACAGUCAAGUUUGCACGAAGUUAAGAUGUUGCUUCGGGUCGUAGCUGGUAGCCGGUUCGGGACCGGGAUCCAAAAGGAAGUCCUGCGGGCCGCGGUACCGGGAGUUAGGCAAGAGCGUCAUUCUUCCACUGCAGAGGGCGCUCUCAAGAAGACUGCUCUGUAUGAGUUCCAUCGUGCUCAUGGAGGGAAGAUGGUGGAGUUUGCUGGCUGGAGCAUGCCUGUGCAGUACAAGGACAGCCACAUCGCCUCCCACCUGCACACACGGCAGCACUGCUCCAUCUUCGACGUCUCUCACAUGCUGCAGAGUAAAGUUCAUGGGAAGGACCGGGUGAAGUUCAUUGAGAGCCUGAUAGUGGGAGACGUUGCAGAGCUGAAGGAUAACCAGGGCACCCUCUCGCUGUUCACCAACGAGAAGGGCGGGAUCAUGGACGACCUGAUCGUCACGAAGACCAGCUUGGGUUACCUGUACAUUGUAUCCAACGCAGGCUGCGCAGACAAAGACUCCGCCCACAUGCAGGCUAAACUAAAAGAGUUCAAAGCUGCCGGGCAUGAUGCAGAACUGGAGUUUCUAGACUAUUCCCUGAUUGCUUUGCAAGGCCCGGAAAUGGCAAGGGUCCUUCAGGCAGGUGUGUCGGACGACCUCCGCAAACUGACCUUCAUGACGAGCACCAUGGCAACGGUUUUUGGAAUCGCGGAAUGUAGAGUGACCCGCUGCGGAUACACUGGAGAGGACGGGGUGGAGAUCUCGGUCCCUUCUCAGCACGCAGUCCAGCUGACUGAGACCCUCCUGAAGGACAGUGCGGUCAAGAUGUCUGGUCUGGGGGCCAGGGACAGCUUGCGACUGGAGGCGGGGCUCUGUCUCUACGGCAACGACAUUGACGAGAGCACCACCCCUGUGGAGGCCAGCCUGGUCUGGACGAUAGGUAAGCGGCGGAGGAAAGCGCUGGAUUUCCCCGGGGCCUCCGUCGUUGUUUCACAGAUCAAAGAGAAGACGAGGAGGAAGCGUGUGGGGCUGGUGUCCACAGGGCCCCCGGUCCGGCAGCACACCCCAAUACUGAGCCCCGAGGGCAGGGUAAUCGGUGAGGUCACCAGUGGUUGCCCCUCCCCCUGCCUCAAACAGAAUGUUGCCAUGGGAUACGUGGAGGCGGAGUUCAGCAAGUUGGGAACGUCCAUCAAGGUGGAGGUCAGGAAGAAGGUCGUUGACGCGGUCGUCAGCAAAAUGCCAUUCUUCCCGACCCGAUACUACAGCGGGAAAUAGGACUGGACAGCAGGACAGACUGGGAAUUGUGUGUAAUUUACACUCGGCUCUGGGGUGCAGUGUUUCUCUGUAGAAUGUACAAGGAUAUUAGAAUUGAGAGUUUAUAAUACUAACUAAAUGCAUGAGGAUUAUUUUGUGGAAUUUCUAAUCUAAUUGUGCUUUAUAAUACAGAAAUAAUUUUGUAAGAUGUCGCCCUGUCUUUUCUGCUGCUGGGUGUGCAUGCUUAAUGUUGAAUUGUAGCUUGUGCUUGUCUGGCUGUGGAAUACAGAGAACACACAUUUAAAACAUUUAGCUGCUCUAGCCAAUGUGAUACGCAGAACGCCUUUAUUUCUAAAGCCAGUAAAUGUAAUGAAUAUGUCAGCGCUGAGGGAGUAUGGUCAAGCCUCACUGUGAAUUACAGUGUAUCGUAUUGAGCUGAAAAAACUGUACACUCAAAAGAGUAAUGCCAAUACCUUUAUCUUGGUGUGGUCAUGUCCAGCACGGUGGCUGUCAGAAGGUAUUCAAUUUCUCUUCAGUGUGCCAAACCAGUUAGGAAAGCAGCUGUGCAGUUUGAGAAGUGCAGUGUCACUGCAAUAUUUUAUUUCAUGACCCAGAGAUGACAUCCAGUCAGGAGCACAGUUUAAGCCAUGCACUUGGAGUGGAGCGGACUGGGAGAGCUGGUUCAGUCCCAGUACUGCGGUCUCACACUCUCAGGUGACUCUUCACCGAUUUUAAGGCUUAUAGGUACCUGUUAAAUGUUGUCCUUUGUAUUUUGAUAAUGGGUGUCAGCAUGCACGCACAAGUUAUGCCACACCCUGUGGAUUUUAAUUGCAGGGUGAUGUGAUUGAUCCUGUUUUACCGCUGUUGUGAUUGUAUUUAAAGCUAAUAAUGACUGUUAACACUUUGCACAGUUUAGCCCCUCCACUUGUGCUUCUAAUAGUUUGCCUUUUUUGACAAAAAUAACAAUAAAGAAUUCGAUUUGUAAAUAUA